AUGCGCAGGGUGUACAAGGGUACCCAAGCGCUCACAUGCCACCGUACACGGACAGACCAGAAGCUCCCUCGUUACCUCGAUCUACGGAGUGAUAAGAAUCUUCACGGUAUCCUGACAGUAGCUGUGACAAAUGUUGGACUCCUAACCAUCCUGCCAGUCACUGUUGUUGUUGGUGCUGCUGCUGCUGCUGCUGCUGCUGCUGCUGCUGCUGCUGCUGCUGCUGCUGCUGCUGCAAACAAAAGUUCCAAAAAUUUCGCUGUCCGUCUGUUUCCGGAAAUGACUUGGAUUAAAUAUGGUUGA